CAAGAGCUAUUGCACAAAACAUCAGUCUUCAGGCUGUGUGGCAGUUUGGCAAUGCAUUUGAGUGUAUCCUUCCUCUGCCUGUUCCCACAAAGGAGUACACUGCCUAUGGCUGUUACUGUGGCUUGUCCAGCUGGAUCCCGUUUCUGGAAGACUUAGAUCCGUGCUGCAGGGCUCGGGACAACUGCUACGCUCAGGUCGAUUAUCUGGGAAACUGUGCAUUGCUCAUAAGAAACCCCUACACCAGCUCCUACUCAUACUCCUGCUCUGGGACUGAGAUCACCUGCAGUGACAAAAACAAGCUUUGUGAGGCCUUCAUCUGCAACUGUGACCAACAGGCCGCCAUCUGCUUCUCCAAGAUUCCAUACACUAAGCAGUACAGAGGCAUUUACUGUUAG